AUGGCCAUCCUGGAGAGGCUGUGCCGCGCGGCGCCGCCUGGCGAUGACGAGGAUGAGGCCUUGAUCGUGCGGGACUCCCUUCAGGCCGUGAUCGCGGCCCGGGCGGCUGGCGUCGUCGACAUUGGCGCGCUGUUCGGCGCGCUGCUGGAGCAGCUGUCAUGCCUCAACACGGAAGUGUGCGACGGCUGCAUCGCAAAAGCCAGGCUCCAUGCGGCGGCGAGCCGCGACACCGAGGCGGCGGUUGCGGAUGACCAGAAUUCCGGGGCGAAGGCCAGCGUCGCGGAGAAGCCGCGGGCUCCCGCCUGCAGCGUGUGCGGCGAGGCGCAGGGGCCGGACGGCCAGCGCCCGCACCUGUGCAGCGGCUGCCGCAAGCCGGGGCUGCGCUACUGCAGCAAGGCGUGCCAGCGAGUCCACUGGAAGGGCGGCCACCGGGAGGAGUGCAAGGCGCUGCAGAAGGAGCGGGCGGAGCGCUCAGCGGCGCAGGGCAAGCAGGAGUAG